AAAAAUAUCAAACCUGCAAUGCCAUGGCCCAGAAUCAUUUCUAGCACAACCCAACCGUCCGUACACUUGUUUCUUCGGACCAUGCAAUCUGCUCUUUCUUCCAAGUUAUCUACGACUUGUGGAUAAACAUGUGCACCGGGAAUGAUGAAUCUCGAGGAAUCCUAAAUGGUGGUGAGGCUGUGACUUCCAAAGUGCAAAGAAUGAGAGACAGAGAUGACGACGACGACGACAACGAUAAUAAUAAUCAUAAUAGCGAUGAAGGCACUUCUUAUGCUUUUAGCAGCAAAAGUUGCAGAUUUGUUCAUGGCCUUCUUCACCACCUCACUGCUCAACUUCCUUCCCUUUCUCUCUCUGAGGUGAGAGAGGAGUCACAAUCGCUGGCCAAAGUUGCAUUGCCCAUUAUAGCAACAAGCACUCUCAUGUACUCUCGUUCUGUGAUCUCCAUGCUCUUCCUGGGUCGUCAAGGCAAAGCCGAACUAGCCGGAGGAUCACUAGCCAUAGGCUUCGCCAACAUCACUGGUAUCUCAGUCCUCAAAGGUCUCACCAUGGGAAUGGACCCUAUUUGCUGCCAAGCUUAUGGAGCUAAGAGAUGGUCCGUCCUUAGCCAAACCUUUCACAAAAUGCUCUGUCUUCUCCUUCUUAUUUCCCUACCUAUCAUUCUCCUUUGGAUCAACAUGACAACUAUACUUCAAUGGCUCGGUCAAGACCUUGAAGUCACCAAAGUUGCUCAAGUUUACUUGCUUUUCUCUAUCCCUGAAUUACUUGCUCAAGCUCACUUGUUCCCUUUAAGGGCUUUUCUUAGGACUCAAGGCUUGACCACUCCUUUAACAGUGGCUGCGUCUUGUGCUGCUGUUUUACACGCGCCUGUGAAUUACUUUUUGGCUAUGUAUCUCAAGCUAGGAGUGAAAGGUGUUGCUUUGGCCACUGGUUUGAACUCCAUUAACAUGAACUUGGGCCUUGUGAUUUACCUUGUCGUCUCCAAGAAGCCUCUGAAACCGUGGCAAGGACAUGGUGGUGGAGGAGAUCAAAAGAAGUUCUUCAUCGCAGCUUUCCAAGGGUGGGGCCCACUGCUGAGCCUCGCGUUGCCUAGUUGUCUGUCUGUCUGCUUAGAAUGGUGGUGGUACGAGAUAAUGUUGUUUCUUUGUGGACUCCUAGGUAACCCUCAAACCACAGUGGCCACCAUGGGAAUCCUCAUACAAACCACUGGUCUACUCUACAUCUUCCCAUUCUCUCUCAGUUCUGCAUUGACAACAAGAGUUGGUCAUUCCUUAGGAGCAGGACAACCCUCACGUGCACAAUGUACAGCCAUUCUAGGGCUUUCUUUAGCAUUCAUAUUUGGGGUUUUAGCCUUCUUCUUCACAGUGUCUGUGAGGAAAGUGUGGGCGAGAAUGUUCACAAAUGAGAUACAGAUCAUAGACAUGGUGACAAGCGUGCUGCCAAUUGUUGGCUUGUGCGAAAUAGGGAACUGGCCUCAGACAGCUUCAUGGGGGAUCUUAUCUGGGACAGCACGUCCUAACGUUGGAGCAAGAAUAAACUUGUGUGCUUUUUAUGGGAUUGGAUUGCCUGUGGCCAUAGUUGCUACUUUUGUUUACAAAUUUGACAUGUUGGGGUUGUGGAGUGGGAUGCUAGCUGCUCAGAUUUCGUGUUUCGCUAUGAUGCUUUACACAUUGUGUCGAACAGAUUGGGGUCAGCAGAGUAAGAGAGCAGAAGCAUUGGCCAUGAAAACCAUAGACAGAGAGGUAGAAGACAAGGAGGAGGAGAAGGAGGAGGGUCAGGACCAGGAUCAGAUAGAUGAAGAAACUGGGCUGCUCAAUUCUGAUUUGUGAGAGGGAGAUUCAAGAGUUAAUUUGUUCGUUUGAUUAUAGGAAAUAGAAACAUUCUUUCUCGGUUCUUUUGAUUCAUAUUAGACAUUAAUAAUUUAAAGGAAGAACCAAUCAAUAGAGGCUUUGGCUUUUUGAACAACUCGUUCACACUAAGCCUUUUUCUAAUUAAUUAGCAAUAUUUGGGCUUCAUGUGU